CUCCCCCUGUUUCCGGUGCUCAGCCGGAAGUAGCUAUGAUGAGCUCAGGCCUCAUACUUCCAAUGGCGACCGAAAACUGGCCGAACAGAAAGCGGGAGCAAUCGUGGAGGGGUACGAAGCGUACAAUCGACAUUAAAUAAUUAUAUAAUUUACAAACUACACAUAAAGUUCGUCUCCUAACACCGUAUUUUUUGAGCUAUGGCCGAUCCUGCAGCCAGAAAUGGGAGUAUUUCGCCCCUUGAAUCGGAGUUGUAUUACUUGAUAUCGCGCUAUUUGAGCACGGGGCCGUGUCGGAAAGCGGCCGAGGCUCUCGUGUGUGAGCUGGAGGAAAACCAGCUCCUUCCACGUCGGCUGGAUUGGGAAGGAAAUGAACACCCACGAUCUUAUGAAGAUUUGGUUGCUGCCAACAGACAUAUCGCACCAGAUCACCUUUUGCAGAUAUGCAAGCAGAUCGGUCCGAUUCUGGACCGGGAGGUCCCGUCAGGUGUGCCAGGAGUGCACUCUCUCCUGGGGGCCGGGAAACACUCUUUACUGCGGCGGUCUAAAGACUGCAGCAGCAGAUGGAAAGCCUCCACGUUCGCGGCCCUUCACAGAGGGAGACCACCAGAGAGGCCUUUAAGCUGCAGGGAUGCCAAUAUUGUGGAGGUGUGUCGAGGCCGAGAGCUCACCGGAGCCCAGCGCUUCAGCUCCAUCAACCCUGUCAGCAAUUAUCAGCACAUGAGGAUGCACAGGAGGAUCCUGGGACAUCUCUCGGCCGUGUACUGCAUCGCCUUCGAUCGGACGGGUUCCAGGAUUUUUACGGGUUCAGACGAUGCCUUGGUGAAGAUCUGGUCCUCCUUUGACGGAAGUCUUCACUCCACUCUCAGAGGACAUUACGCUGAGAUAUCAGACCUCGCCGUUAAUUUUGAGAACACCCUUAUUGCGGCCGGGAGCUGCGACAAAUCCAUUCGAGUCUGGUGCCUUCGUACUUGUGCCCCAAUGGCGGUCCUGCAGGGCCACAGUGGAUCUAUUACCUCUUUACAGUUCUCUCCUUUUGUCAAGGGCUCCAAAAGGUACCUGGUGUCCACAGGAACGGAUGCAACGGUGUGCUUCUGGCAGUGGGAUGUGAAUAAUAGCUGUUUCAGCGAUCGUCCACAGAAGUUCACAGAGAAGCCGAGGCCUGGUGUUCAGACCGUCUGCUCUUCCUUCAGCCCUGGUGGCAUGUUCCUUGCAACAGGAAGCACAGAUGAUGUCAUCAGGAUAUACUACCUGGGCAGUGGCUGUCCUGAAAAACUAGCUGAGCUUGACUCGCACACAGACAAGGUGGACAGCAUCCAGUUCUGUCAUUCAGGAGAGAGGUUUGUGAGUGGCAGUCGAGACGGCACUGCUCGUAUAUGGCGACUGCAUCAGAGACACCAGUGGAAGAGCAUUUUAUUGAACAUGUCUGCCACUCUUCCAGGGUCUGCACCUUUAACAGAGGAUGAAAACUUCUUCAAACCCAAAGUCACCAUGGUUUCCUGGGACCGCCAUGAUAACGCAGUCAUCACUGCCGUCAACAAUUAUCUUCUCAAAGUGUGGAAUUCCUACACUGGACAGUUGCUGCAUAUCCUUAAAGGUCACGAGGCAGAGGUGUAUGUUUUGGAGCCACAUCCCUAUGACCCCCGCAUCAUGCUGUCUGCAGGCCACGAUGGGAACGUCUUCAUAUGGGACCUCAUCAGAGGCAUCAAAACCAUGCACUACUUUAAUAUGAUUGAAGGUCAAGGACAUGGUGCUGUGUUUGACUGUAAGUUCACCGCUGAUGGGCAUCGCUUUGCAAUGACGGACUCUCAUGGACAUCUGGUUAUUUUUGGCUUUGGGACCUCUAAGCCUUAUGAAAAGCUUCCAGACCAGGUGUUUUUCCACACUGACUAUCGGCCACUGAUCCGGGACUCGAAUGGGUUUGUCCUGGAUGAGCAGACCCAGCAGGCCCCACACCUGAUGCCUCCUCCAUUCCUGGUGGACGUGGAUGGGAACCCUCACCCUCCCAGAUUCCAGAGACUGGUCCCAGGAAGAGAAAACAUUGCAGAUGAGCAUCUAGUUCCUCAACUGGGUUAUGUCGCAACAAGUGAUGGUGAGGUCGUGGAGCAGGUGAUCAGUCAACAGUCUGCGGAGAGUGAGGAGGGUCGUCCCAGCGCCCUGGAUUUUGCAAUCCGCCAGCUUCAGCUGCAUCAUGACAGACAUGUUUCAGCUCAGGGAGAGGGUGGCGUUCCUGCGGCCCGUGUGCCAGAGCCAGGGACUCCCCGCAGAGUGUCGGUGAACGAGCGGAUGGAGGUGCAGUCUCCACCUAAUGUGGGUUUGCGGCGCAGCGGACAGGUAGAGGGAGUUCGUCAGAUGCACCAGAAUGCUCCCCGCAGUCAGAUGGCCACAGAGAGGGACCUUCAGGCCUGGAGGCGCAGGGUGGUGGUACCCGAUCUUACGACAAGUGGCUACAGGGCGCAGGAGUCGUUCAGAAUAGCCAAGGGAGAUGAGGAGAUCAGCCUUUUCAACAUCAAGAGAAGAAGAGUGACCCACGCCAGCUUCAGGGAUGAUUCUGAUGAGGAAGGACCAUGUCUCAAACGUGCGCAGUCACGCAAGCGGCAGAAAAACCAGCAGCGUAAAGAGAGUCUGGCUGAAGAGUUCAUCGAGUUCUCAUGUGAGGAAGGGGAGGAGACCGCAUCUUCUGAGGACAGUGAAAUGGAGGGCAGUGAUGUUAAUUUGUCCAUUGAGGAUGAAGAGGAAUGGAGGAGUGAUAGUUCAAGCCGCUCCUCCAGUGAUUAUUCCGACUGGAUGGCAGAUGCAGGAAUAACUCUGCGACGGUCCGCGUCUCCGUCGUCCCGACGGAGGACUAGCCGCAGGAUCAGCAGCUCUGAGGAAGAGGAUGAGGAGGACGAAGAGGCGGCCGAUGAGGACCAGACUCAAGAUGAAGAGGAGCAGACGGCUUCACCCCGAAAGCACAAGAAGGCCAAAAGCAAAAUGCCAAAGUCACCAAAACCGAGGCCACCCAUUAACAGAGAGAUCUCAAAUGAGUUCCGUCCCCCAGCAUGGAUUACUGACGUCAUUCCCCGAAAGUCCCCCUUCGUCCCUCAAAUGGGAGACGAGGUCAUCUAUUUUUGUCAGGGUCAUGAGGCGUAUGUGGAGACAGUCUGUAGGACAAAACUGUACCCCAUUAACCUAGACAGACAGCCAUGGAAGAAGAUGGAGUUAAGAGACCAAGAGUUUGUGAAAAUAACAGGGAUCAAGUAUGAGGUCUCCCCUCCAACCCUAUGUUGUCUGAAACUGACCCAGAUCGACCCUGGAACGGGCAAAAUAACAGACCGAACCUUUUCCAUAAAAUAUCAUGAUAUGGCGGAUGUAAUUGAUUUUCUGGUGCUGCGUCAAAGCUACGACGAGGCGCGCAGCAGAGUGUGGAGGUCAAAUGAUCGGUUUCGCUCCGUGAUCGAUGACGCCUGGUGGUUUGGGACCAUAGUUUGUCAGGAACCAUAUCAGUCCGAGUAUCCCGACAGCCAUUUUCAGUGCUUCAAAGUCAAAUGGGACAAUGGUGAGACAGAAAAGCUGAGUCCAUGGGAUGUGGAAGCCAUUCCUGAAAACGCUGAACAGCCGGAUUCGGAGGGCGCGGGGGUGCCGGUGACGGACGAGGAGAUGAUGGACAUCCUCUAUAAACCUCAGACGGGUGAAUGGGGGGACAGGGGUCGAGACCAAGAGAGCGCACGCAUCAUUGCAGGCAUUGAACAGCUUGUGACUGUGGAUAUCGCGGCACCUUUCUCUGGUCCGGUCGACCUUGCUCAGUAUCCUACAUACUGUGCUGUCAUUGCAUAUCCCACUGACCUGAACACCAUCAAACUGCGACUCAAGCACAAGUUCUACAGGAGGCUGUCUGCACUGAUCUGGGACGUUAAACACAUCGAACAAAAUGCCAAGACCUUCAAUGAGCCCCGCAGCAAGAUUGCAGAGUCUGCAAAAAUCAUCACAAAUGUUCUUCUGAAGUUCAUAAGUAAACCUCACUGUACAGAUAUUAUGGAGAUCUAUAACGCCGUUGAGAACAUGGAGUACUCUGAUGAUGAGGACCUGGAUGACAUUGAUGCACCUGGACCCUCUGCUGGACAAAGACUUCGCCAGCCAUCGGUGGAGGUUGUAAUGGACAGGGACGCAUGGAAGGAUUCCUGCAAACGUUUACUGAACUACAUGUUUGAGUGUGAGGAUUCAGAGCCUUUCCGGCAUCCUGUAGAUCAGGGAGAUUAUCCGGAUUACUGUAAUAUCAUCGACACGCCUAUGGACCUUGGAAGUGUGCGGCAGUCUCUGGAAGAAGACCGCUAUGAAAAUCCCAUAGACCUUUGCAAGGACACCAGGCUUAUUUUCGCCAAUGCUAAAGCCUACACGCCAAACAAACGGUCAAAGAUUUACAGCAUGACUUUGCGACUGUCAGCGUUUUUCGAGGAGAGUAUACGCAAAAUCAUUUCCGACUACAAGACUGCUGUGAAAAGUAGCUUGAAGCUGCGCCGCAGUCAGAGAUUCAGGAAGAAGUUGCAGCAUCAGGACUCGGCUCUUUCCCACCAAGGAUCCGCACGUCAAAAGAGGGCUACUUUAAAGACUCAGGAAAAUACAGAACAGUCUACAGCCAAAUCUACCUCAGCCAAAGUGUCUGGACCAGAGCGCCGCAGAGUCAACGAAGCCAAGGAGAGCUUCAGACGGAGCGGCUCGUCUUCAUCCGGGUCUGAUCAUGACAGCAAACAAUCUUUGAGUCAGUCGGAAGAGGAUGAAGAACCUUUAUCUUCGUCUCGUGGCUUCAGACGAGAGACUAGAGCCACGAGAAGAGCUGCACAGAAAAAAGGAUCCAGACGAAAACAUGAGAGCCAUGCCAAGAUGAACGGGCACAGCAGGUCACAUGAGCGUCAGAGACCACGACCCUGCAGCGACUCUGACCAGGAGCCUUCGCAAGGUUCAGACUCCUCCGAAAACGAGUCGUCGUCUUCCGUCAGUCGCCGGCCCAGGACCCGCAAGACCGCCAUGGCUGCGGUCAGCAAAAUGAAACUCAUGGAUAUCAUGGAAGACGGUGACGGCUCGGACGAGGAGGGUCGUGGAGGCAGCAGCCGUCCCGCAACUCGUGCUAGCAAACGCUCUGCUGUCAUUCAGAGCAGCUCUGAUUCAGACCAAGAGGAAGCUUCUCAGGAGUCAAAUGAAAGUGAUGCUUCAGCGAGUGAAGAAGAGAAAAGUGGCGUCAGCGUGGACAGUGACUCGUCUUCUCACAGCAAAGAGGAGAGCAGAUCUGCUGGGCGCAGACCCUGCAGACGAUCAGCAGUAGAGAAGAAGGAAACGUCUCCUUUCGUUAAUGGACACGGCACCAAAGUACAAUGGGAGGACAGUGAGGACAACUCGAAUGAUGGGGGCAGUCCGAAUGAAAGUGUGAACGGGGAGUCGGACGUUGACCUCGUCGUCAGGCGGAAAUACACCAGGAAGACCGCGAAAGCCUCUGUCAGUAAAAUAAAGAAACUGAACGACACCGAUGCCGAAGAAGAGGAAAAUUGCUCCAGAAGCCGACGUCAGAAACCUCGGCAAAGCAAGCAGGAUCCUGAAAAGAGCUCUGAGGAAGAGGUCGAGGUCCCCAGAACUCAGAAGCACCCUCAUCAAAACGGAAGAAAGGUCUCUGCGAAAGAGCUGAAGAAAAGUAAAGCAUCGUCAGAGAGCUCAGAUCAAGCUUCUGCCGCAAAACAAGUUACCCACAAAAAAACCUCAGCCACAGAUGCAUUUACGUCAACAACCCAGGACUCGGAGGAACUCAGCGACGUUUCGGAAGAGUCUGACGCAGACAGGAAGAUUAUUAAAUCAGAAGAGGACGAGAAUCAAAGCGAUGAUGCAGAAGAAAAAAGGUCCCCCAGAAACAGAAAACGGGCGUCCAAGGCUCGCAGGAAAAGACUUGACGAAAGGUCGGAUGCCUCCAGUUCGAAUAGCGAAAGAAAGGUAGACCGAAGGAGGAGAAAAAAGGUGGGCUCUUCCUCCGAGAGUGACGUAUCAGAGCAGGACGAGAAGAUUCCUCCGAGGAGGAAGCCUUGCAUUACAGUUUCAUCCAAGGGAAUAUCACUCCGAUCUCUUCCCAAGAAGAACUACAUUAUGGAGGACUCGGAUGCGGAGUUCAGUCCCGAGAUCGAGAUGCAAUCAAAGAACGGAAAGGGCAAGGAGCGGCCCGACUCCCGGGUGAGGAAACCGUCAGGCGGCGACUCCAAAAGGAAACGCGACGUCUCCUCGGAGUCUGAAGACACGGACAACAAAAGUAGCAGGACCAGCGACGAAAACGAGUGCAUGGAACCUCAUCGAAAGAGUGCGAAACGCUUCAAGCCCUUGAGCGGCUCUUCGGACUCCGGGAGCGACUCGGAAACUAGAUGCAAAUCGGAGAACGGCCGAGAACUAAGGCCUCAGGAGAAGAAUCCCAAAGCGACCCGGCGACGGCGGAAACAAAGCGAGAGCGAUAACGGGAGCAACGAGGACGCCAGCACCUCCGAGAGCGAGGAGUCCGAGGAGUCCAAGUCGGACGCCAGCUCAGGUUCGCAGAGCAGUCCGAAGAGAAGACUGAGGAACCGAGGACCCGCGAGGAAACGUCAGAGGGAUGCUUCCGACGAGGACAGCGACGUGUCGUACGGGAAACCCCGACGGGCCACGCGCAUCCGGACCAGGAACCGAGGCAAGCGGACUGUGAAUUACCAAGACAGCGAAUGAAGGACUCGGGCGGUCGAGCCACGCGCAAAGACACUAACUGGAGACCUUGAAGACACUUGAUUGUCCCAACUUUAAACACAAUGGUAGCAGCACUGGAGUCCUCAAUAUACUGUGAAUCAGUUCCAUUCAGGGAUAUUUAUAUUUUCUAUGAAAAACGAAAACUAAUGAGUUAUAAAUAAAAUGUAUUUGAUCGACUGGUUUGGCUGUUCAGACCAGCCCCACUUUGUGAUUCGGCCAACAGGAAAGACUUGCGUAGAGAAGCAUUGUUUGCUUGGGUGCUAUCCUAAUAUACCUCCUGAUUAAUUGAGCAUAUUUGCUGGCUUGCACUAAAAGGCACACUGUAAUGAGGUAUUUUAUACACUAAGUCUGCAUUAGAAACUCAGGGGUCAACUACGUUUACCAUAUUCUCAGACUUGCAUUUGUUGUUUUUUUUUGUUAGGAUUCUAGUGUCAUAUUGUCGACAUGAGCGUUUAGGUCCAAACACCCUUUACGAAAAACGGACACACAAAUUCUCUAUUAUCGCUGUUAAAGGGAUCGUUGAGCCAAAAUGUACAAACUAAACUUCUUUUUUUUUUUCUGUCAUCCUUUGUGGUUCCUCUUUGUUUGUUUGGGUUUCUUUGACCAUAUUUCCAGGUUUCUGAGAAUCAGUCUGUAGCAAAGCAUUGUAUAUUUAAAUUCCUCUCUCAAGCAUUAUUUUUUUUUGUAUUCAAUUAAAAUGAAUUGACAUGCCAUGAAAUAUGAAUUGGUACUUAUUUGCUAAGUACAGUAAAUCAAAAUGAGUACUUCCAGCAAAGUACUUUGAUUUCUCAUAUUGGGAAGAUGUUUUAGUGAUCUGUGUUGCAUAUUUUCAGUAUUAAUUCCUUUUCUGACUUAACUUAUGAACAACUUUUGUACACAGUCUUUGAAUUGUGCAUCGCAGUUUAUGUAAUGCAGUUGUCAAUUGGCAUUUUUGCUUGAUGUCUUUUUCAUAAGAGCUUCUUUAAUACACCGAGGAUGUUAAGUCUGUUGGCCGCUGAAGUGAGAGAUGGAUGACCUCCUAUGAAUAAAGUACUGUUUCAGGUUGGA